GCCAUGAUUACUUCAUCGCUACAUAGAAAUCGAUAAAGAAGCACACAAAUACGCUAUAGAUAUUUCAGUUCUCUCUUCCUCUACUCACCUUAAAAAGUCAGAGGAUUACUGUGAGGAAAACCUUGCUAACCUUAAAUUGGAUUUCUAAUAUAUCAAAGAAAACCGAGGGUUCAUUAGUAAGGUGAUUUCUUCCUUUAUUAAUGCAUAUUCAUCAAGUAUCAAUACAUCAAAUCUUCGUUACUGGCAAGCCUCCUGUAUUGAGUCCUUUGUACGAUGUGCAAAUCCAUUUUUCCAGCUGUUCAUCAUGCGUUCGUUCAAACUAAAUUAUUUGCUUCAGGACAUUCUAACAAUAGAGACUCAAGACGACCAGAACUUACAGACAGCCCUAGAUAUUCUUGGGGAAUUAGUCAAGUUUAAUAAAAGAAACAUUCUCUUACUAGAAGCUCAGAUCCGUCCAAGCGAUAUGCAGAAGUUUCUUAAUAAAUGACUCAGCCAUCUUAUUGACUCAAAUGUAUUCUUGAGAAGCAUCUUGCUCGCUAUGCUUAAGUGACAAGCGAGUGAACCCAGUCAGGAAGGACUGUUUAAUGCGGAUAAAGGAUUCAUAAAGAACUCAAAAAUUUGUUCAUUCGUAAGCACUAAGAUUCCUGAAAUUAUUAAUGAUAUUCAGUCGAAUCUAACAGUUGAAAGAAUCUCACAGACAAUCUUGUCAUGCCUCAACACUGUUAUAAUUACAAUAAAAUUUAUAUCUUCAUGAUGUCCAAAGAAUUAGGAAAGUUGGACAUGGUAAAAUCAAUUCUAGAAUCUCCAGAGAUAAAAUUAAACUUCAUUUGUCUACUCAAAAGUUGGGAGUACUCCUACUGCAAUAGACCAAGGGAUGCGUAUUCUCUACAAUUUACAACAGGAAUCGAGUUCAGCCAAUUUGUCAAAAUUGAGCUAUUAAAAGAGUUAGAAGUAGCCUCAUAGUCUAAACCGAGUUAGUUUAUACAUGAUUGCCUAGAAUAGGAUCAAAUAUUCUAGGUUUCCUCUGAUUGGCUAAUAUAAUAAUUGCUUCAAUCCA